AAUUUUUAGGUUACUUUUGUAUCAUAACUUCUUUGAUUUUUUUUGACAUGGUUACGCUAAAAACUCAAUAAUUUAAUAAAUAUUAUUAAAUAAUAUUUUUUGCGUUGCCCAGUGUCAACAGGCCUUAAGUGUCUUAGCUUACUGAGAUCCAUAGCAAUAUGGGCGAUUAUGGGGACCCCCCACCUCUAUACCCCACAAACCCAACGAAAGAACAAGUUUUUUCUCCCACUAUUGGUUUCAACGUUGGAUCCCUCAUGUCUCCUUCUUUUGCACCAAGUGCACCCCCCGACCCAGGUCUAGACCUACAUGAAGACCAGACAGUCCAAUCAAACUCUUACAUGCCCCAAUCAUCACAACUAACGGUAACACCAACUGUGGUCCCUGCCGAUUACUUUGAUCCGCAAGACGACGCGAACAUUUUACGAAGAGCCAUAAAAAGUUUCGGAACGGAUGAAAAGGCCAUUAUUAACGUUCUAACAAAGCGUUCAAAUGCUCAACGAUUAGAAAUCGCAGACCAAUUUAAAGCUCUCUAUGACACAGACUUAAUUAACUUGAUACAACGCAAGCUUGGUGGAAAUUUUGCAAAAACGAUCAUUGCUUUGAUAACUCCACUUCCACAAUUUUACGCUAAGGAGUUACACGACGUCCUUUCUGGAGAGGUAAAUGACGAAACAGUCCUUGUAGAAGUCUUGUGUACUCUAAAUAAUGCCGAAAUAAAGGCAAUCAAAGAAGCAUAUCACUGCACCUAUCGUAACACCCUCAAAAGUCACCUAAAAGAUGACACCAGAGUUUUUCGGCGCCUUAUGUUUUCGCUAUGUAAUGCAGAACGAGACGAAAGUAUGGCCGUAGACCCUCUUGGUGCAACUGCAGAUGCUGAAGCACUUUACAAUGCCGAGAAAGAACAUUGGGGUAGCAUCGAUGAAUACACCUUUCAUACGAUUUUGUGCCAACGAAAUUAUAGCCAACUGAAAUUGAUAUUCCAGGAGUAUCACAAGAUCUCAAAACAUGAUAUUGAAAAGACCAUCAAAAGAGAAUUCUCCGGUGAUAGAACUCAAGAAGGUCUGUUUUUGGAUAUUGUGAGUGCGAUUAAAAGUCCACAAGGUUUCCUUGCAAAGUGUUUGCACAACAGUAUGAAAGGGCUGGGGACGAAUAAUCGCGACUUAAUUAGAGUGGUAGUCACUAGGUGUGAGAAGGACAUGAAGGAGAUUAAAAGAGAAUAUCUCUUUAAAAACCACGGAGAAUCGUUAGCUGAUGCGAUUAGAGAAGAUACUUCAGGUGAUUACAAAAGGUGCCUCUUAGCCCUCAUCGGGGAAGCCUAGUUUUAAACUCAAAUAUUUAAAAUAAUUGUGAUCGAAUAUUAUUUUUGAUAUGUCAUUUUAUUACAUGUUGUAUUAAUAAAGAAUCAAAUAUUUAA